AAAAAAACUGCUUACUUUUUUCAAUUCAAUGGCUAAAAAAAGCUCGAAUGAUCCCAUUGACGAUCCACCCACUGCUUCAUCGAAACGUCCCAGCGUGUCCGAGAAAGAACAAACCAAGGAAUUGAAACGGUCCAAGAAGAAAGCCGGCGAAGAAGGGUCCGGUUCUGCUGAUGUUGUUGAGGAAGAGGAGGAGGAGGAGAAGAAGAUCGGAGAAGAUGAAAAGAAGCAGCUUUUCCAACGACUGUUCAGCGACGAAGACGAAAUUGCCGUGUUGAAAGGUUUGUUAGAUUUCCUGGACAAAAAAGGGGUUGACCCUUUUGCUGAUACGAAUGCCUUUCAUGAUUUUGUUAAGGAUUCGAUUCAUACUGAUGUUUCGAAAGCUCAGUUGAUGUAUAAGGUUAGGAGGUUGAGGAAGAAAUUUGAGAACAAUGCUAGGAGGAGUAAGGACGGUGAGGAUCGGACGUUUUCUAAAUCCCAUGAACAGCAAAGCUUUGAAUUGUCCAAAAGGAUUUGGGGUAAAGAAGGGAUCAUUAGUAAAAUCGAUUCUUCAGCUGCAAAACCAAAGGGGAACGGCAAGGCAUUGGAUGCAUUGAAAGCAGAACCGGUUGCUUCAGCUGACGAGAAAGUGGAUGAUGGGGAGCCAGUGGAGGUGAAUAUCAAGUUGUCUAAGACUUCGGGUAGCUUGUUUGAUAAGAAAUCCGGUGUCGGUAGCUUAGAAGAUGAAGUUUUGAAGCAAGGAUUGGAUAUGGCUGGGGAAGAAAAGAGAGCAGCUUUGGAGGAGAAAUGGAGGAAAUUGCAGAUUGCUGAGUUGGAGCUGUUUUUGGACAGGAAUGAGUUGGUAAUGGAACACGCCAAAUGGAUGUUGGAAUUUUACAAGUCUCAAGAUGCAUAGGUUGCAGCGUUUUUUUCGUUGGUUGUCUUAUAUUUAAAGCGAUUGCGGAUGUAACAUACGCAUUAUAUAACGGUUAUUCCGGGUAUUGUGGUCGUACAAUAAUAGUUUCGGACAACACCUUUACCUAUAAUGGCUAUUACUUACCGUUAUACAACGGUUAUUGCGGUUGUGGUCAUACAAUAAUAGUUUCGGAAGAUACCUUUACCGUUAUAUAACAAUUACUAUUCCUAUAGCAGGUCUCCAUUUAAAUCACUUAUAGGUGGUUG